GUCGGGCGCCAUAACGCUUACCCAAUUCAACAACCUGAAACAGCGCCCUCAAUUAUUCCUACUUUCGAUUAUUGUUUUUCUCUCGGACCUGCAAGCACAGAACUAGCCUAGUAGGCCUGGAGGAGCAUAAAUUGUUUGAUCAUAAAAAGUCAUUCAUUUUGACAUGUUGUCCUAAACAACAUGGAUGAGGAUGAGGCAGGGUGCAGGCUGUGGAUCGGCAAUCUGGAUCCUCGUUUGACUGAAUUCAAUUUGCUGAAAAUUCUGAAACGUUACGGAGUUGUAAAGAAAUUUGAUUUCCUGUUCCACAAGACUGGUCCAAAUCAAGGCAAACCACGAGGAUACUGCUUCACAAGUUAUAGCACAAAAGAGGAAGCUAGUAAUGCCAUUCUACUACUAGAUGGGAAAUCAGCCCUUGGGAAGCGUUUGGUUGUGAAGAGGGCGCACUCUCAACCAGCUAGAGAGGAUCUGGUUGCUAAGCAGCAGCCCAGCUGCAUUGCAGCAGAAAAACUUCCAGCUAGUUUUGGAGGUCAUAGUUCAACAGCUACAAAUGUGAAACAGAUAAGUCUUCAAACCAAGAUACGAGCUCUGGAAGCCAAGUUGAUGAUAAUGGAUGGUGCUAAAGAUGAUUUCAAAGUUGGAGCGAUGCCGAAGUUGAACAAAGCGACUGAUAAUCAUGAUUUAAAAAAACAUUCACAAACCUCGUUUAAAUCUAAAAAACCUUAUGAUAAAAGGUAACACACGGUGUGCAAUGAAACGUUUUUGUUCUUUGUUGUUUGGUAUUUAUAUAGCACCUAUUCUUUUAGGUUUUACAAAGCGCUUUGUUUUCCCUGGUCAUUGGGUCUGCAUGCUUAAGUGUUGCUGCUAUAUUGUUGCAGUAGCAGGCAACCCCACCAGGGUGGGGAGAAGCAAUGCAGAUAUUGCCUUGCUCAAGAGCACAAGCUAAAUGCACAGCAAGGGAUUUAAAAAACCUGAUGAUAAAAGGUAAAACACAAUGUGCAAUGAAAUGGAUUAUUUCAUACAGGUCUCCCUCCAAUUAAAAGAGCACUAUUCUGUGGUCCCAAAUUAACAAAUUUGUUUUAUCGUUAUUAUUCUAAUGAGAGAUCAAAGCUGCUAAAGACUUAACAAUUCUAUAUCAAUUAAAAAUAUAUAGUGUAUUGGUAAAAUAAUAAUAGUAAUGAUGAUGCACAAGUACAGGCUAAUUAACUUCAAUUAUAGUUACACCAGCAAAAUAUCACACGAUUUCUACGAAUUUGGGGCCACUGAUUAUCUCUAUUGCCAUAAGAAUAACUGAAUUUGAUUUAAUUUAUAUAUUUUGGGUCAAGGAAUGCCAAUAGCGAAUACAGUGCUACAUUACUCACUUGCAUAUAAGCAGUAAUCUAUUGACACUACGCAUACAUUUGUACAUGCAAACCAGGGGCGGAUCUAGAGAUGUCCGAACGGGGCAUGCCCCCGUGUUUUUUAGACGCCCGAAAAUAACCUCCAAGAAGUUUUGGGUGAUCGAUUUUUUCUUUUUUUUAGAUGCUCGAAAAUAACCCCCAAGAAGUUUUGGGUGAUCGAUUUUUUCUUUUUCUUUUUUUUUUUCUUUCCAAAAGGGGCUCAAAUCUAUAUAUUGAUACUCUUUUCUAACUAGAGCAUGUUUUUUUUGUACACAUUGUGAACAUAAGUUUUAUAUUUUUAUACCGUUAAAGGUUUGGUGAGAAUUCUGAUAAUGCUUAGUUAAUUUUAAAAGGAAUUUGUGGCCAAAAUUCCCCAUAGAAUAUAUGUGCCGUUAUCUAUAAUCACAUAAUCCUAGAUGAGGAAUAGUUUUCUAUUUUGGGCAAAGCAAUUUCCUGUAAAAAUCCACUUUCAUUGAUUAAGGUUGUAUUUCAGUUUCAAAAUCCAUGAUUUAAUGACAGUUAUCAUUAAAAAGGUAUAAAAUUGUUUCUUUUCAUGUAUUGUACAUUAUUUGUAAAAGCUGUUAUGUAUAUUAUUAUUAUUUUACUGUAUUUGAGCUUAUUGGUGUAUCUAUUUA